AUGACUACAACAACGACAACAACGGCAAUAGCACCAGCACCACUGGGGGGCGGCAGCCAUAUCAACCUUUCCGCGGCGAGUACACGGGGAAAUGGAGGGAAAAAGAAGAACAAGAAGAACAAGAAGAAGAGCAAGGGAGGCCUCAAGGUGAAGGACAAGACCAGCACAGGACAACAACAACAACAACAACAACAACAACAACAACAACAACAACAACAACAACAACAACAACAACAACAACAACAACAACAACAACAACAACAACAACAACAACAACAACAACACACGUCGUCGAAGCAGAAUGGCAAUGGAAUCCACAGUCAUGAGCAACAGCCUGCAGCGCGCGGCGCCGUUGAAGCUGGCGAUGCUGGUGACAAACAACCGCCAAAACUGUCCCUGACCAUCUCAAGUUCGCCCUCAACCACAACAACAACAACAACAACAACCACCACCACCACUCCAACUGCUGUCGCCACCACUUCGACUGCCAGCAGCAGCAGCACUGCAGCUACUGGUUCCACCACUGCUGAUGGUGCACGCGAGGAGCCAACGCAGGGAGCAACAAAGCCGAAGAAAGCAAAGACAUCCAAGGACAAGGCAGAGGUGUCGAAUGUCAAGCGGAAGUGGAAGAAACCAAAGACCAUCGCACGCACGAAAUUGAGCGACGUAGUGCCACCGCCGCAUCUGAGCAGCACCAUCAAUCUCGUCGUCAUUGGUCAUGUUGAUGCCGGGAAGAGCACACUCGUUGGGCACUUGUUGACGCAGAUGGGUGUCAUUGACCCAAAACUGCUGCACAAAUGCAAGCAGGAGUCGGCGCGAAUCGGCAAGGGCUCCUUCGCCUUUGCCUGGCUCCUCGACGAGGAGUCUGAGGAGCGGUCGCGCGGCGUGACGGUUGACGUUGGGCAGAAGUCGUUUGCCAGCGAGCACCGCCGCUUCACCCUCCUCGAUGCACCGGGCCAUCGCGACUUCAUCCCAAACAUGAUCACGGGCGCCUCCCACGCCGAUGCUGCUGUGCUGGUGGUGGAUGCGUCUCCUGGCGAAUUUGAGUCUGGAUUUGACGCGGACGGGCAGACGCGCGAGCACAUUCUCCUCGCCCGCUCGCUCGGCAUCUCGCAGCUCGUUGUCGCAAUCAACAAGAUGGACAUGGUAUCCUGGAGCGAAGACCGGUACCAGGAGAUUGUUGCCCGUCUGCAGCCGUUCCUCAAACAGCGCGGGUUUGCCAUUGCGGCUGACGCGAUUGUCCCCGUGAGCGGACUGGAAGGCCUCAACCUGAAGGAGCGCCACGCCCUCGACUGGUACAGCGGUCCAACCCUCCUCCAAGCACUCGAUGCGCUUGAGGUGCGGCCGCGGGAGUGGAAGAGCCCCCUUCGCGCCACAAUUGCGGAUGUGUACAAGGUCGCGGGUUUCUCCUCCGUCCACGUGGCAGCACGCAUCGUCACGGGAUGCGUUCACGAGGGCGACACGGUCGUCGCACUGCCAAACUUCGAAUACGGCACCGUCAAACAGGUGCUGGUUGCGGAGGAGCGCGUCAAGGCUGCGUAUGCCGGCGAUGCGUGCACGAUCGUGCUUGCAGGCAUCGACGAAGCGCUCAUCAGGGCCGGUAAUCUGGUGUGCCAUCCAGACGAGGAGCCACCACUGGCGACGCGAAUCAGGUGCAAGAUUGUUGUGUUUGACGCCCCGCGCCCGUUGCUAAAAGGGUCACAGUUCACUCUUCACCACCAGCAGGAGGACGUGCCUGCACGCAUCAAGUCCAUCGUCUCCCAGACCAAUCGGCGCACAGGAGAGAUUGAGAAGCACAAACCGCGGGCGCUGCCACGCAACAGCGUCGGUGUUGUCGUCAUUGCACUCGACACUGCGCUGUCGCUCGAGACGUACGAGCAAGUGAAGGACCUUGGGCGCGUGACGCUGCGGCAGGAGGGGCGGACGGUGGCUGCCGGCAUCAUUGACGCGAUCGUCAGGGCCGAACGGGUCGAGUGA